CUCCGUGCACUUCAGUCGUAGAAGAGAGCUUACUGCGAACGGUCGUAGUGUCUGCGCGCCGCACGAAGUUUCAGUCAACGUCUGUGCAACAACACGCCGGUCGGUGUUUCUGUAACGGCAAUCGAGUGUAGUGUGGAAAUCAAACGCCAUCAAAAUUGAAUCUUUUUGUAAUCGUUUAUCGUGUGUGUGGAAGCAAUUGUGACGAAAAAACUAACAAGCAGUAGUGUUUAAAACUAAUGAAAAGAAGAUUGUAGAAAAAUCUUUGCCAAUUCACGUGUGUUAUACAAUUACCGAAAAGGCUCGAUUGAAAGAUUCCAUUGAUUUUGAUCUUAAAAGGCAACAGAGAAAGUAAACAGUGCGUGUGUACGUGUGUGAGUGUGAACAAGUGAGGGAAAAGAAAUUGAAAAAAAAACCGUAUCGCGAAAAUCUCCCACUUUCGGAGAAUUAUUUGUUAACGGUGUGUUUUGGGGGAAAAUCGAACGUGCGGAAGUGCAGUGGUGUUUCCCCGCUCAAUCGAAAGCGAGUGUGUCUCCGUGCGUGUGCCUUUCAGUACGCAUCUGGCCGGCAUUAAAAGGUGUUUGUUUUGCUCGUCUUUCGAUUUGCUUUGGCUUACUUUCUACCGGUGGGCCUUCUUGGGGCGCGCGCAAGAGUAAUUGCGUUGCUAACGAAAAAGCAAAGAAAAGGCCCACAACCCAUCGAGUGCCGCUCGAACCACAAUCACAUUAGAUCGGGCCUUUUUUCCGGCAACUGAGGUUAGCAUCAAGGGCGCUCAAAACGCAAAAAAUAAUAAAAUAAAGCACAGCGAAGGCAAGAUUUUGGCAAAUGACAUGUGGAAAGCGAAAAGAUAAAGAGAAAAUGUGAAUAUCAUUUUGCAGCUUCUCGCUAUUAACGAAAAUAAAACAAAAAGUAUGCCACCGAUGUGUACGGUACAAUAGGUGUGUAAAGUGUGUGCGUGUAUGUGCAUGCGUGUGCUCAUUGCUUAGUGACGGAAAACGACGGAAUUUUUGGUGUGGUUUUUCGGUUAUCAAGUGAAAUCAUCAUAGCCAUCCACCUGAACUAGGUUGGAAAAGUGACAACAGGACCGCGAACAACGGAAGAAAAUUCCCCCAACUUGGUCUGGGACGGUGGGGAAUUCCCAUUCGUGGUGUUAGGUUUUUUUAAUUGUUUUUGUUGCAUCGUUCCUUCAAGUACAGCCUUUCAUCAACGCCGUGACGCAAGCACGUAGUUACGAAGCGUCCUGCCCUAGCUUAAUUUAGCCGUGGUUUUAUUGAAUUUGUGGAAGAGUUUUCCGCAUUUGACGGCAGGGACAAUUCCUGGAACUAUUCCGGCACCAGCAACUAGCCCAGGUCCAGGAGACACUCCCGAGAUUAUCGACUCACUCCACUUUACGCCAGCCAGCCCGAGUUUGCUGGGAGCAGACAAAAAUGUCCUCCUCGCCCCGACUAACCGGUUACACGCUGCGCCCCUCGGAGACGUCGACCACGGUGUCGGUAACGCUCAACAGCUGCGGGACGGGCAUUAAAAAGCUUAGCAUUAACGACAGCGUCAAGUCGGCGGGAAGUGCCAAUUCCGGCGGCGAAUCGACCGAUCCGCUAGAGUCAGAUUUUAGUGGCGAGGAGGAGGAGGAGGAAGAAGAAGAGGAGGAGGAGGAGCGUGAUCUAGAAGAGGACGAGGAGGAUAAGGAAGAGGAGGAAGAGGACGAGGAGGAGGACGGCGACGAAGAAGAGGAGGAAGAGGACAGCGUUCGGCAGGACCGUCGGCAAGGCGAAAGUGUACGAUUGAGGUUAGCGGCUGGUGGGAAAGGUAAACACGGAACCACCAACCGGCAGCAACAGCAAGCCGACGACGAGGACGACGACGAAGACGACGAGGACGAAGACGACGAGGAGGAGAAAGCCGCCCUCCGUCGCAGUCCACCGAAAGGUACCCGCAAGCAAGUGUCCACCUCGUCCGCGGACGGAGACGAGGACGAACAGCAGGACGCAGGGCUGAGAGUGCAGCCGAAGGCUGCCAAUGGUGCCGGAGGGAAUGGGCGACAGCAACCCCGAGGUCCUGCUGUUGACGCUGACGAUGGUGAUGCUGAUCGGCGCGGCGGCGAUAGCGAUGAUGAUGGUGGCGAUCUAUCUGAUAAGAAUAAUAAUAUCGGCGCAGCUGUUCGGCGCAAACAACCGGAGGACUAUGCUUUGGAUGAUUUUCAAAUACUGAAAACGAUAGGAACGGGCACAUUCGGGCGUGUGUGCCUGUGCCGGGAUAAAAUCACCAACAAGUACUGGGCGAUGAAGAUACUGGCCAUGGCGGACGUGAUACGGUUGAAGCAGAUCGAGCACGUGAAGAACGAGAAGAACAUCCUGCAAGAAAUCGAUCAUCCUUUUAUCGUGAAUAUGCGAUGGAACUCCAAAGACGACUGCUGCCUGUACAUGCUGUUCGAGUUCGUUAGUGGCGGUGAACUGUUUUCCUAUCUCCGAAAUGCCGGCCGCUUCGACAGUGCCACCGCCAACUUUUACGCCUGCGAGAUUGUGCUGGCCCUCGAGUAUCUUCACUCGCUGUCGAUCGUGUACCGGGAUCUGAAGCCGGAAAAUCUGCUCCUCGACCGGGAAGGCCAUAUGAAGAUCACCGACUUUGGGUUUGCGAAGAAGCUGAAGGAUCGCACCUGGACACUGUGCGGUACGCCCGAGUACCUUGCGCCGGAAAUCAUUCAAUCCAAGGGCCACAACAAAGCCGUCGACUGGUGGGCAUUGGGUGUACUCAUAUAUGAGAUGAUUGUAGGCUAUCCUCCAUUCUACGAUGACAAUCCGUUCGGGAUUUAUGAAAAAAUUCUCAGUGGCAAGAUUGAAUGGUCGCGGCACGUGGACCCCAUCGCGAAGGAUCUCGUCAAGAAGCUGCUGGUGCUGGACCGAACCAAGCGUUUGGGCAAUAUGAAGAACGGAGCAGAGGACGUCAAAAGACACCGAUGGUUUAAGCAUCUGGACUGGAAUGUCGUGAUACGAAAGCAGCUCAAGCCUCCGAUCGUUCCGACGUAUGUGUUUAGUUCGAAGGAGGACGACACUAGCAACUUCGACGACUAUCCCGAGACGGACUGGAAGUCGGUGAGAUCGCUGGACAAGAUCGAGAUGCAGCUGUUUGAAGAUUUCUAAACUAGCCAGUGCCGUUCUGCGUGCCAGUGUCGGAUCACGACCACCUCUCAGGAAAGGAAUUGGGAAGGGGGCUCGCGGCAGGAUGUUUUUCUACAAUAUAGUGAACGAUCCUUAACAAUGCUCAUUUAUACUUUGCAAGCCAGGGCAAUUUAGGCCCAUGCACACCCAUGCGGGCACGUUGAUAGUCAUUGUAAAUAGAUAUUUUUUUAUAGUAUGGUUAGAAUCUUUUGUAAUUGAUUAGUUCCUUCCCCCCAACCCGCAAACCUGCUACUGUAUUACGUAAAAUUUAAACGACAAACCCCUAUUUUGUAUCGUCCCACUGUGCGUUUGUCUGCGAGUGUGUGCGUGUGUUUGAGCAAGUUGUUGUUAUAAAGGAAACGAAAGGGGUUUAAACACACUCAGCAACAAUUAUGCUUUUAGGUCGGAUCAUAACAGACCGAUUAGAGUUGUGCGUGCCGCUCCCUCCCUAAUAGUCUGAAUGUGUGAAAAAUGUACUACGGAAAAGGGAGGAAUAGCACAUACAUUGCGUUUGCCCUGUUUCGUGACGAUUCGUGGUGUAAUGCCAUGUUUGUAAAUGCUAAGUUUUAAUCCAACAUAUUGUACUGUGAUAGGAACCACACUGUUGUAGUGAAAUGAGGAGGGAGUGUAGCGAAAGCGCUAUAAAAAAAGUUUAAGGAAAAACCCGGCCCCAAAAUUGACCGGUUUGGGUAAAUUUAAUAAAAUUGUUGUUGGAAUGUUAUGUUACGGGAGUUGCGCAGGAGACCGACCUACAAUACAAUACUCGGUUGCGAUAGGCUGCUAGACAUAUGGUAAUGAGCGUGGGUUUGUGUGUGUGUGCGUGUGUGAGUGUCUAUUGCCCCCGAAAUAGCCAAAUAUAGUAAAAUCCCCAUGAAGUGUUUGUGCUCUGGUGUAUAGUGAAGGCAACGGAUGCAUCCUGCUAUUCCCAGUUUUCAACUUCGCUGUAUUUUAUCGUGCUUUCACUCUCUCUCUCUCUCUCUAUUUCUGUAUGUCUGUAAUUUCAAACUACAUUGAUAGCUUAUAACCAUUUUGAAAAACAAAAAAGUUCACAUACACUGUACUACACAUCUGUAACACGAUCGUACGACCUACCAAAACUGAUGAAGCGUUGGCUUUCUGGAAUAAAGUUAUUUAAUAUGUUAA